UGUGUGUGUGUUUGCUAAGGGCUGUUACCUCAUGCUAAGGUAACCAUGGUUACACAGGUGUCACAUCUGACAGCUUGUGUGUAAUCUUACCUCAGUGAGCAUAAAACAUUCAUACAGACCCUCAAGUUCAUCCAGCUUCGCAUCCACAGCCAUGACCAGCACAUUAGAGGAUGACAGUCUAAGCCUCAGACAGCAGAAGCUGGAGAAACAGAGGGUGCUGUUGGAGCAGAAACAGAGAAGGAAACGUCAGGAACCACUGAUGGUGCAGCCCAAUCCAGAGGGUCGUCCACGGCGCUCGCGACCCCGCCGCAGUGAGGAGCAGGCGCCACUCGUAGAGCCCCACGUCAAUACGGCUAGUGACAUCAUCUUAGACGGUAUUGAUGGGCCUGCGUCAUUGCUGAGUUCAGAGGGUCCAGAUCUGGGCAGUAAAAUCCAGGUUCUCUCAGUUGGUCAACCACCGCAACUUUCGCUCCCAACCACAGAAGAGCCGGAGACAGACGCCGAUACUGAAACUCUGCUCGAACCCAAAACAGACAUACACACACUGCUGCAGAGACGCGGACUCUCUGGCAGCAUGAACUAUGAUGAGGCGAGCGAGGAUGAUGAAGAUGAAGAGAGAAGCCGCUCUCUUUCACCGCACACAGAAAGCACGAGGCCCGCGUCUGCGUCCAGCACUCAAUCCACCACGGAGUGCGUUCCUCUAAGUUCCCCAUCCGCUGAGGGCACCUCCAUUGAAGUGGAUAAUCUGGAAGAGUUUGUGCUCCGUCCGGCACCACGAGGAGUCACGGUAAAGUGUCGCAUCUCGCGGGAUAAGAAGGGCAUGGACCGCGGCCUCUACCCUACGUACUUCAUGCACCUUGAGAAGGAAGACGGCAAGAAGGUGUUUUUAUUGGCUGGGCGGAAGAGGAAAAAGAGCAAAACAUCAAACUAUCUGAUCUCAGUAGAUGCCACAGAUUUGUCUCGUGAGGGCGAGAGCUUUAUAGGAAAACUGAGGUCUAAUCUGAUGGGAACUAAGUUCACCGUCUAUGAUAACGGCACCAACCCUACGAAAAACCCUGGAGCUCUGCUGGAAGAAAACAACACGCGACAGGAGCUCGCUGCUAUCUGCUACGAGACUAAUGUUCUUGGAUUUAAGGGCCCGCGAAAGAUGACUGUGAUUAUUCCUGGCAUGAACAUGAAUUUUGAACGGGUUCCGGUUCGACCCGCAUGCGAUCAGGAGUCUCUGCUGAAUAAAUGGCAGAAUCAUUCGCUGGAGAAUCUGAUAGAGCUACACAAUAAAGCCCCGGUGUGGAACGACGACACGCAGUCUUACGUGCUGAACUUCCACGGCAGGGUCACGCAGGCCUCAGUCAAGAACUUUCAGAUAGUCCACGACAACGACCCUGACUACAUUGUGAUGCAGUUUGGUCGGGUGGCAGAAGACAUCUUUACUCUGGACUUUAACUACCCCAUGUGUGCUCUGCAAGCCUUUGCUAUCGGCCUGUCCAGCUUUGACAGCAAGCUUGCCUGCGAGUGACCCAUGACACUUUAAAAGCCCAACACACCUCU